CGGUCCAUUAUUUCAAUGAAUACCUGUGUUCUGUUCCCAGUACUUGACGCUACAUAAUGAUAAGCAAGUAUACCAAGCAGUUUGUGUAACACACUCAAAUAUGUUAAAGGUGAAUUGAGCAUUAAUUCCCUGCAGAAAUUUGGCUGCAUCCUGAAACACUUUUCAGCUAAUAUUGCAAUAUUUUAUUUGUAUAUCAAAACACUGAAGAAAAUGGACUCCUUUGAAAUGAUCGUAGGCCUAAGGUUUUCUAAUGUAAGAAGAGCUCUGUUUCACCUACAUGUUAAAUCAAAGCAAAUCCAAUCAUUGAAAAAGUAUCUUUGAUUUUCCUGAGGGGAUCCUUUGAAAAUCAAAGCAAAUUCCAAGAGAUUUCAUUCCUCCAUGCAGACAAAAAUGAUGCUUUUAUCUUGACUGGCCAUGAAACAAUAUUAGAUCUACCACUGAAAUCACGUGAGUGAGGGCACAGGCUAAAGCAAAAUUAGUGAUCAGUCCUAACUUGCAGCCCAGGGCCAAGUAUUUUCUUACAUGUUCUUUUCUAUGAGCAAGCAAGAAAGUCAAAAAAUUCAGUAAAAUAUUUGCCACCUCCAUAACAUCAGGAAGCCUUUCCAGUGUUUUGCAAUAUGAUCAGGCUUCUUGAAGGGAUGUUAAAAUGAAGUUUUAGCACAGAAGGUGUAGGCAGGCCAAGAGUUAGACAUUCAGCUGCAAAUAGUGAAAUGUUACUAACAGCAAGAAUUGCAGUAACAAGACAACAUCAAUAGGGGAUUCCAAGAUCUUCAGCCCUUCAACAGCUCUCCUCGCAGCUCUUCCCGGAGUUCCUAUGGAAAAUCAAUGGUAGCUAUGAUGGGAGGAGGAGAGCUACCCGGGCUUUUGGUAAAUGAAAUUGGUGGCAUACAUGGGAUACUGCAUGGCCACGUAGCACUCCUGAAGAAACAUUUCAGCCUCAUCACCAUGAAGGAAUUUCUUGAAAACAGAAAGCAUAUGAGUGAAAAGGUCCAAGCGAUCUAUCUGUGGUGGCACAAACCAUCCAUCGACCGGGAGCUCCUCCAGAGCCUGCCAAACUUGAAAGUGAUUGCGAAUUCAGGAGUAGGGAUGGAUCACCUGGAUCUGAAACUUGUAGCUAGCUUUGGUGUGAAGAUGGCUAAUGCUCCACGUGCUGUUUCCAGCAGCACGGCAGAUACGGGGAUGGCUUUGCUGCUGGCAUCUGCUAGAAGACUAGUGGAAGGCUAUCAUGCUGCAGUUUCAGGUAUGGAGUACCGUGAAGCUGAUUUCUUGGGAGUUGAAGUUACUGGAGCUACUCUGGGUAUCAUUGGCAUGGGCAGCAUUGGGUAUAAGAUUGCUCUGAGAGCCAAAGCGUUUGAAAUGAACAUUUUGUACCACAACAAGACACAGAGGAAAGAGCAAGAGGAGCAAGCUGUCGGCGCCGCUUACUGCGAAAAGCUGGACAGCUUGCUCCAGCGGGCAGAUUUUGUGAUGGUGGUGGUGAGCCUGACACCUCAGACGCACAAGCUGAUUGGGAAAAGAGAGAUGGAGCUGAUGAAGCCCACGGCUACUCUCAUUAACAUCAGCAGAGGUGCCGUAGUUGACCAAGAGGCGCUGGUGACAGCUCUGCAGAGCGGUGUUAUCAGGGCCGCAGCUUUGGAUGUCACCUACCCGGAGCCACUGCCCAGAGAUCAUCCAUUGUUAAAAUUAAAGAAUGUCAUUAUAACACCACACCUUGGCAUCAAAACAGACAAGGCCACCUCCAUGAUAACAGAGGAAGCAGUUGAAAACAUACUAGCGGCUCUUCAUGGUCUCCCCAUACCCAGUGAAGUGCUGCCUAGCUGAUGUGCAAAAGGGUAUCACAGCUCUCUUUUUAUUCUUCUCUUUCCCCCCAUCAGCUCUAAAGGUAUUUAUUCUUAUGUUUUCCCCAUAAGGAGAAACUUAUUCCAAGUGGACACGGGAAGCUCUAACCUGGUCUCACACGUCACUAAAAAACAGCUUUUACAUUUUAAUUUCCUUGCAAAUUGGACAAAUACAUUACUUUUCACUUCCAACCGUAGAUAGAUACAUGCAAGCUUUAAGUGGCUCUGGGAAAAAAACAACUUCUGAUUGCCAAUGCACUUCUCACUAGGCUCCCUAGUCCGAAAGAGAUGUCGUUUUAGAUUACAUAAUUCACUUUAUUCCCACUCUAUUCGCUGUCAAAAACAACAAAGUAAGCUACCUGGCUAGAAAUAUUACUGACUUUCCAUAUGGAAGUCUCCAUUUAAGCUAGCUCCUGAGACACAAAACGCUGGGGCAAAAGUCAGUUUUCAUAAAUAAACUCAGAAUCACUUAUUUAAAGCAGACUGGAUUUUAGAAGAUAGAGUACUAGCACUAAGGAAAAUUAAUCUGCAAGAUGAACAUGGCACUAUGUAAUGCCAAAUUUAUGUGUAGUCUACCUCCAGAUUCUCAACUUUGUGCAAAUAUUUGGAAGCCUCCAUCACCAUUCUGUAAAUUAGUGGGAACACAAAAAGCCUGUGAAAACACAUGCAGCAUUGAAACCCAAAUCUAUACAUUUUCUUUUGUAUCACUGCUUCUGGACAUUUGUAAGAAUAAUUAUAUUUGAAACACGAUAUAACAGGGAGCUUCACUACUGUAAAGAGAAGAAAAUACUUUGACAAAUUGGUUUUGUUACUGCAAUAAUUAUUAUUACAGAAAAAAAGUCAAAAUCCCAUGGCUUUCCUCCACUACAAAUAGCACCUAUAUUACAAUUAGUCAUUCAAAUUCCACAGGAAGAAGAUCUCUUUAAAUAGAAGAAUGCUCAUCCACCUCACUAAAUCUUUGUAGGAAACAGUUUGCCAUCCUCUCAGUUGUCUUUAUAUACUCUCUGUUCUCUUAACACAAGUCCAAAAGCUAAAUAAACCAAUACACAACUCA